AUGACGUCGCCGUCGUUGGAGAACCUUCCGGCCGAACUCAUUGGCCAAGCGACAGAGCAGCUUUUGGUAGCCCGUGCCUUCGGCUCUGUCACCGCGCUCGGGGGAUGUACGCGGCGCUUGCAUGCCAUCGUACUUCCGGCCCUGUACAAGCAUGUCACCAAGGUGGACUUGCAGACUGGGGAGGACGCGCUGAUACGGGCGGUUGAGAACGACGAGCUCGGCCUCCUCAAAGUUCUCUUGGAACGCGGAGUCGAUCCGAAUGGUCGUUUCUGGUCGACCUUGCCCAGUAGUGUCCGCCAGGAGAUGUUCUCUGCCCAGGGUCUCAGCCGCCGCCUGUCGCCCAGGGGCGAUGGCUACCUCGUUUCCAAGAUCAUUCAGGAAAAUAUCGACGGCAGAGAGCCACCUCCAACUUGGAGCCCUUUGCACCUCGCCGUCUGCUUUGUCCACGACCGCCUUGUCCGCCGCCUCCUCGACCACGGCGCAAAUCACAUGGCAGUCGGCUGGCUGGCGACGGGUCACCCGACCUUCGUGGAUGCAGAGGAUCCUGGAAUCACUGCUCUCCAUCGUGCCGCGUUGCGAGGCGGUGUGGCCAUGUGCCAACUCCUGCUCGAUCACCAUGCCGCGGGCGUCACGGAGGCAAGCGGCGACAUGCUUGAGCGGGGAGAGGCCAGGGGGCUGCGGGCGCUCGACUACGCUGUUGCUGCCGGGCAUACACGGACGGUUGGCUCGUGGCUCCUGGAGCAUGGGGCCGACCAUCUGCAGCACAUCGCCCUCGCCGAACGGAACUUCCCCGCGCCUCUCAAUUUCCUGUGCGCCCGGCAGCAGUACCGAGAUGCGCACUACCUCCUGGACCGGAUCUUAAUCCGCACUCUUGGUUCGCUGCGGGGCUUCCUCGUCGAGGACAUGGAGCAUGUUGUGACCACAGAGUCCCCCAUGCCCGAGCCUGACAGCGAAGAAGCGUUGAUCACUUUGGUAAGGCGGUUGUUGGACGCAGGGGUGGAUCCGAACGCCCUCCUUCCCGAUCGCGGCGAAUUGCUUUUGCAAUCAGCUUUGCACCGGGAAAUUCGCAGUAGCCAGCCAGAGGCAGUCAAGGUCCUCGUCAGCGCGGGCGCCCAGCUCGAGCUCCGCGCGUUUGAACCGGGAUUCACCUGGCUACGACGUACCGCGCUGGACUUUGCAUUGCGCACUUGCCCGUGCCUUCCCGUCGUCGGGCGCGAUCCGCGACAAUAUUUACAAAACAUCGUCGGCCUUCUCGAGCUUGGAGCCUCGUUCACAGACGCGACUGCUAGACUACCCGGUCAAGCAACAGAGCCCAAGACUUGCUUUUGCCCCUUGUUCUCCCAUCCAUCAGGAAGGUACAACUCGGACAAUUAUAAUUUGUUUGAAAGAUUGAUGGAGCUGGUGGCGAGACAACUGAGUGAUCAGAGUCUGCGCCUUCCGCUCGCCUCCGAGCUGAUGGACCUCGCUCUUGAGUACGGAAAGCCGAAUGAGAAGCUUCCGCAAUGGUUGAUACGACACUACAACGUCACCCUGACGGAUAUUUUCCCUGACGGUUUGCAUAUUUAUGCACCGCGCUACCCUGAUGCCGUACGCAUCGGCAAUCCUGGGCUUCUCAGUUGGCUGUUGGAUUCCGCGCCGGAGAAGACGGCCGAGAUUCUUUCUGGCAUCAACCUCCUUCCUCUCCCGGCUUUGUGCAAUCUUCUUCGCAGCACCCCAGUGCUAGUCGAACGUGGCUUGCUAGACAGGGCCCUUCCUGCUGAUGGCACCUGUGAAAAGGCACCUCGGGCGAGCGUGGAAUGGCAAUUCACAAUCAUGGUCUUCGAGGCGUGCGCCAAUAUCAAAUGGUGCGACCACGUGUCGGACGGAUCCGCCACGGAAUUCGUUGCCCGCGUGCUCAAGCUGGCAUCCAGCGUUCAGGACGAUGACCUGUCGAAGAUAUUGACCCCCGCCCCCGACCCAGCUGUCGCACUGGAGGUCUUGGCUAUGGCACUGGAUGCUAGCUCGCAAGAGCCUGAUCCAGCAGUCAUCCUCACAAUCCUCAAACACACCCAUGUCGACGUCCGCACACUGAUCCCAAGGCCUACUGAGAAGAAUGAGAACAGCAACGGCAUCGGCGGUCAAGUACUGCUACUGUAUUAUUUGCUAAAGACCUUUCUCAAGGCGCAUGUCAUCUCCCCAUCCAGCGGCCUCCUCCCCGUACCAACCGACGCCAGCCCGAGACGCCAAACACACCGCCAGCCCUCAGGCGAGACGCCACUGGAAGCGUUGGCCGCCAUACUCGACGGGCAAGACUGCGGCGCCGAGUUCGGUGACUGGCCGUGCCAUAACCGAAACAGCCUGCGGGCUCAUGUGCAGCUCGACUGGAGGGCUCCUGACAGGGUGGGAGAGCCCCUGGCGGACUUGUUCAACCCGGUCGAGGUCGGUGAUCUCAAAGCUAGGUGGGCGUGA